AUGUAUCCAAGCCAGCAAUCUCACCACAAACAAAGCGUUACCAUAUCCAUGCAGCCUCAAUGUGGUAUCCCUAUACACCCGAUACAAGAAGCCGAUACAAGAAGCCACCAUCAACAUUACAGAUAGAAUCCAGGACCCAAUACUCCACCUCUCCAAACAAGACAUCACAGAUCUCCGCCAAGUCAUGCUAAACAAUAUGUACUUCUCCUUCAGAGAUCAAGUUUUUUACCAAAGCGAAGGCCUACCCAUGGGUUCUAGCAUUUCAGGCAUUCUGGCCAUAAUAUUCAUGGACAGACUAGAAACCAUCACCCUCUCAUCGCACCUAAUGAUAAGCCCUUACAAGAGAUAUGUUGACGACAUUUAUCUCCAAACAACUAGUGAAGAAACAGCAGACCAUUUCCGCCAUAUAAUAAACAAUGUGCACCCUAAUUUGAAAUUCGAAAUUGAAAAAUCACAAACAACACCUAGGGGCCUGUCAUUAUCAUUACUCGACUUCAAAGUCACCAUAUUCAAGGAUGGCAACAGCUCUUUUGAAUUCUACAAAAAACCAGCCAAAAAACCGCUAUUCAUCCACCAUCAAUCAGCUAUUCCUACCAAAUCCAAAGUCAACUUCAUUCGCAACGAAUGGAAACACAUCGAGGGCAGAUGCUCCUCACAUGUAUCUGCAACGUAACACCUGAACAUAUUCAACGACAUCUUCUGCCUUAACGGUUAUCCAGAGAACAGUAUAGAGCAAACAAAACGCCCACAAAACCCUCAACGAAACCCUCACCCUACCAAUACAGAAUGCUCAUACCUUAAGAUCCUGUACAUUUCUGAACAACUAAAUCGCAAGAUCACUAACAUUUUUAGAAAAGAAAACAUCCCCGUACGUAUUGCCCACAAAUCCUACAUGCUAAGACAAGCCCUAUUCCACACCCCCAAGGAGUGCAAAUGCACUAGAGACAAAUCCCCUAUCUCUAACACUGUAUUGUGUUUACGGUGAAAUGCAGUAUACCAGCUCACAUGUAACAGCUGCGAUCAACAAUGCAUUGGUAGCACGACACGCUUCAUCCACGACCACGUAAAAGAACAUCUCAAUAAUAAAAACUCUUCUGUGAAAACUACAUAUCUUUUCCUGCCAGAACAAAAACUAUAAAGGCUUUGACGUCAAGUUUAUUAUUAGCGAAAACGACCCCGCUAAUCUACGACUUUAUGAAGCAUUUUACAUUAGAAAGUGCAAGCCUACACUCAAUUCUCGGGAAGAAUGUAGUGAAUUCGUAGACCUUCUAUUUCAGUAUUUUAUCUUAUGGACCAUUUUUUAGAACUUUUAGAGGUCCUUUGUCUGGGAACGGUCUGUCAUUGGAGCCUUGUGUUCCAUUCACAGUUUAUUUCUAUAGCUUUCAUACAUAGUCACAUCUUUUACACAUUUCACCCUACACUUUCUUUGCAUAUAUAUGGCGCGCCCGGAUUAUUUUCUCAUCUUGGAGUUUAUAUUUUACUUUUUAAACAGCAGUUUAAGGCCUCAUCAGAACAAUUUUAUAAUUCUAAUUAUGCUGCUGAAGGACAACAUGAACGGAUUAUAUAAUGAUUUUGUUGUGUAAGAAUUAUAUAAGGUUCAGUAUACCUCUCUUUCUUAUCCAAGUGUGUACUGAAAAUCAUACUUUCGCAACACAAAGUGUAAGGUUAAUGGUACAAGUAAUUUAACAUACUUAGAAAGAAGCUCUGAACCAGACAUAUUUGGUAUGAUAUAAUAUUUUCUAGCCCAAAGAAGUUACUUGUGGCAAAUAUUUGGCAAAUUGCAUUGCAUAUCGAAUAUAAGAUGGUAUAAUGAGGCAGUAUAUAUUAAGUAUACGGAAUGAUAUACUGAUGUGUAAUGCAUUCGAUGGUUAAGGAUAUACUUGACAUACUUGUCCUUAUCCUUGUGUGUAAUAAAAAUUAUACUUGACCAUACACAACGUGAAAGGUUUGUUGUACAAGUAAUUUCACAAAUUUAGAAAGAAGCUCUUAACAGGAUAUAUUUUGUAUGAUAUAAGAUCUUAAGACCCAUAGACAUUACUUUGGGCAGUAUAUGUUGCAAACUGUCCAUAGUCUCCACCAUUGACUGUUUUUUCUUUGGUGUAUGUGUUGACUACUCAUUCCACAGUAAUUGUGAAGAAAAGCUCCCUUCCACUGACAGUCGGCCAACUGUCGGCCAACAGUCAGCCGACAGUUGGCCGACAUUAAACCGACAGGUAACCAACAGGUUAGUGACAGGUGGUGAAAAAGCUUUAUUAGACACCAUAUUUCCAUUUUACAAAACUGAACAAAGCAGACAUGUGCAUUUUUACAUUCAAAACUUGAUGUAAAACGUACUAUGAAUGCUUAAAAUUCUUCAAAAUGCCACUAAAACUAAAAAGGCACAUGAACGUUUGCAGUGCAUUCGACGAAAGUGUGUUUAUAUUCUCCAUCGAAGAAUGAAAUUGAGAAUCGCCCUAUAAUGCAAUGCGAUCCUAAUUUUUGGUAUAUUGGUAUGUCAUAUAUGUAUAAAUGAUAUAUCAUGAUUUUGACAUGAAAUGAAAUGAUCCGUGAUAGCGUUUUCUUUACCAAUAACAGGUAUUCUUCUUGUCUGUUUUUCAAGAAAGAUUUUAUCACUAUAGUUCUAAUUUGUGUCACUUACUUUGAGUCUUUUGCAGGUUGCGUGCUUUGUACUUUCCCCGUUAUAGAAAAGCUAUUGUAUAUCCAAGUUAAUACCGAAAAAAAAAACUACGUGUGUUCGAUUCUUGACAAUUUUGGUCUUCUAAAUUAAUCCAAUCACAUUAUAAUUUGAUUUUGCACAUACUGCUUUACAUCACGUUGCAUAUGUUGCUUAAAACUGUACAAUUAUUUAGAAUUUUAUUCAGGGACUUCUUUCUGCAAUUGUUACAUUAAAUUCAACUACUCCUAAUCAAAGCGAAACGAACGACAAAAUACACGUUGGUCAUAGCUUUUAUUACAUUUGGUGGCUCCAAAAGGAGCCUUUUUUUUAAAGCAGGCUCAGUUGAGCGGGUAGAAUUCUGUUAUGUCACCUAGCAUGUUCCCGAAGUAUUCACACGGGUAGACUUUUCGCCAGUUGAACUCGUCAAGAUAGGACGGAAGCUUGCCUCUGGAGGUUCCGAUCAUCACCAUCAACUUUCUCUUCACCUGACUCCAGACUCCCUAGAUAGUGUUCGUGUGGGCUCGUGUAUAAGGAUUGACAAGGUUCUCCGAGUGGUUGACCAUGAAGUGGAUGUAGCCCAGGUUGUUUUGUUGAGGUUGAAGUAA